AUGGGUGCCAGGAGUGGGAGCCGGGCCCUGGUGUGGGCCCUUGCAGCUCUGCUGCUGGUGUGGCCAUCAGAAGCCAGAGGUCAGGCUCGCUCCACACGUGGGCACCGCCUACAAGUCACGGGGCUAGAAGAGGAGCAGACCACACGGCACCUGACGUGGCCCCCCAUAACACUGUUCCCCGCAGCCCGUGCCCCUGCGCACAACGGCCGUGUGUGCAGCACCUGGGGAGACUUCCACUACAAGACCUUCGACGGCGCCGUCUUCCGCUUCCCCGGCCUCUGCAACUACGUGUUCUCUGCACACUGCGGCGCCGCCUACGAGGACUUCAACAUUCAGCUGCGCCGAGGCCUCGCGUCCUCCCUGCCAGUGGUCACCCGCGUGGUGCUCAAGGCCCAGGGGAUGGUGCUGGAGCUGAGCAACGGCUCGGUCUUCCUUGGAGGGCAGCGGGAGGACCUGCCCCUGAGCCGUGCAGGCCUUCUGGUGGAGCGAAAUAGCCAUUACGUCAAGGUCAGCCUCCGCGGGAUCCUCACCUUCGUGUGGAAUGAGGAGGACAGUGCCCUGCUGGAGCUGGACCCCAAGUACGUGAACCAGACGUGCGGCCUCUGUGGGGACUUCAAUGGACUCCCGGCUGCCGGCGAGUUUUAUGGCCACUACGCCAGGCUGAGCCCCCUGCAGUUCGGGAACCUACAGAAGCUAGACGGCCCCACCGAACAGUGCCAGGACCCCCUGCCCUCGCCAGCUGCCAACUGCACAGAUGAGGAGGACGUCUGCCGCCGCACGCUGCUGGGACCCGCCUUUGUCGAGUGCCAUGUGCUGGUGGAUGUCGAUCCCUACGUGGCCGCCUGCGUGCAAGACCUGUGCCGCUGCCCCAGCUGCCCGUGCGCCACGUUGGCCGAGUAUUCCCGCCAGUGCACCCACGCCGGUGGCCGGCCGCAGAACUGGAGGCGGCCCGACCUCUGCCCCCGCACCUGCCCCCUCAACACUCAGCCCCAGGAGUGUGGCUCGGCCUGUGCCAGCACCUGCUCCAACCCCCAGCACGCCCAGCUCUGCGAGGACCACUGCACCGAUGGCUGCUUCUGCCCCCCAGGCACGGUGCUGGAUGACAUCACACACUCGGGCUGCCUGCGCCUAGAGCAGUGCCCCUGCACCCAUGGGGGCCGCACCUACGCCCCCGGGGCCUCCUUCUCAACCAGCUGCAGCUCGUGCACCUGCACUGGGGGCAUGUGGCAGUGCCAGGACAUGCCGUGCCCAGGCACCUGCACCGUGAGGGGUGGCUCGCACAUCUCCACCUAUGACGAGAAGCUCUACAACUUACAUGGCGACUGCAGCUACGUCCUGUCCAAGCAAUGUGCUGACCACACCUUCACCGUGCUGGCCGAGCUGCGGAGGUGCGGCCUGACGGACAGUGAGAGCUGCCUCAAGGCACUGACCCUCAGCCUUCCCAGCACAGACACGGUCAUCCGGAUCCAGGCGGGUGGAUCGGUGUUCGUGAACUCCAUCUACACCCAGCUGCCCGUGUCUGCAGCCAACAUCACCAUCUUCAGCCCCUCCUCUUUCUUCAUCGUGGUGCACACCAGCCUCGGCCUGCAGCUGCAGGUGCAACUGGUACCCCUCAUGCAGGUGUUCCUCAGGCUGGACCCUGCCCACCGCGGCCAGAUGUGUGGCCUCUGCGGGAACUUCAAUCAGAACCAGGCAGACGACUUCGUGGCCCUCAGUGGUGUGGUGGAGGGCACAGGGGCUGCCUUUGCCAACACGUGGAAGACCCAAGCCACCUGCCCGGAUGCCAAGAACAGCAUUGAGGACCCGUGCUCGCUCAGUGUGGAGAAUGAGAACUACGCCCAGUACUGGUGCUCACGGUUGACCGACCCUGCUGGCGCCUUCGCAUCCUGUCACUCCACUGUCAACCCCGCGUCCUUCCACUCGAACUGCCUCUUCGACACCUGCAACUGCGAGAAGAGCGAGGACUGCAUGUGUGCAGCCCUGGCCUCCUACGUGCACGCCUGCGCGGCCAAGGGCGUGCUGCUGCGCGGCUGGCGGGACGGCGCCUGCACCAAGUACAUGAGCGGCUGCCCCAAGUCACAGAACUACUCCUACGUGGUAGACAGCUGCCAGUCCACCUGCCGUGCCCGCAGCGAGCCCGACCUCACCUGCGCCGUCAGUUUCGUGCCCGUGGACGGCUGUGCCUGCCCUCAGGGCACCUUCCUGAAUGACGCGGGCGCCUGUGUGGCCGCCCAGGAGUGUCCCUGCUACUUCCAGGGCCUGGUGAUGGCACCCGGAGAGGUGGUGCAUGACCAGGGCACCGUGUGUUCGUGCUCUGGUGGGAAGCUGAGCUGCCUGGGAACAGCACUGCUGCGGACAGGGAACAGCACGGGCUGCGCGGCGCCCAUGGUGUAUGUGGACUGCAGCGACACCCCAGCCGGUACCCCAGGCGCCGAGUGCCUCCGGAGCUGCCACACGCUGGAUGUGGACUGCUUCAGCACACACUGCGUGUCUGGCUGUGUGUGCCCAUCCGGGCUGGUGUCAGACGGGAGCGGGGGCUGUGUGGUCGAGGAGGACUGCCCUUGCCUGCACAAUGAGGCUGCCUACCAGCCGGGUCAGACCAUCCGUGUGGGCUGCAACACCUGCACUUGCAGAAAGCGCAGGUGGGAGUGCAGCCAGAGGCCCUGCCUGGGCACCUGCGUGUCCUACGGGGACGGCCACUUCAUCACCUUCGACGGCGAGCGCUACAGCUUUGAAGGCAACUGCGAGUACACCCUGGCCCAGGACUACUGUGGGGGCAAUGGCACAGCUGAUGGCUCCUUCCGCAUCCUCACGGAGAACGUGCCCUGCGGGACCACGGGGACCACCUGCUCCAAAGCCAUCAAGCUGUUCGUGGAGGGCACGGAGCUGCUCCUGGAGGAGGAAGCAGUCAAGGUUGCAGAGAGCGUGCCUGCCAGGGACCUUCCCUACAGGGUCCGCCACAUGGGCCUGUUCCUGGUGAUCGAGACCCGCCAUGGGGUGGUCAUGGCCUGGGACCGCAAGACCAGCGUAUUCAUCUGGCUAAGCCAAGAUUACAAGGGCAGGGUCUGCGGCCUGUGUGGGAACUUUGACGACAACGCCGUCAACGACUUCACCACACGGAGCCAGUCCGUGGUGGGCGAUGCCCUGGAGUUCGGGAACAGCUGGAAGUCCUCGCCGUCCUGCCCAGAUGCCCAGGUUCCCGAGGACGCCUGCACUGCCAACCCCUACCGCAAGUCCUGGGCCCAGAGGCAAUGCAGCAUCCUCAACAGUGCCACCUUCGCCACCUGCCAUUCUCAGGUUGACUCUGCCAAGUACUACGAGGCCUGCGUGCAGGACGCCUGCGCCUGUGACUCGGGGGGUGACUGUGAGUGCUUCUGCACCGCCGUGGCUGCUUAUGCCCAGGCCUGCCGCGAGGCAGGCGUGUGCGUGUCCUGGAGGAGCCCGGACGUCUGCCCCUUGUUCUGUGAGUACUACAACUCCCACGGGGAGUGUGAGUGGCACCAUGAGCCGUGCGGGGCUCCCUGCCUGAGAACCUGCCGGAACCCUGAGGGCCAGUGUCUGGUGGACCUGCCCGGUCUGGAAGGCUGCUACCCAAGGUGCCCAGCAGAUGAGCCCUUCUUCAGCGAGGACCAGAUGAAGUGCGUGGCUCAGUGCGGCUGCUAUGACCAAGAGGGACACUACUACGACGUUGGUGCGUGGGUCCCCACAACAGAGAACUGCCAGGCCUGUAACUGCACUCCAGGCGGCCUGCAGUGCACACAUAGCCUUGCAGCCUGUAGCUGCAACUACGAGGGCAAGGCCUAUGGCUACGGGGAUGUCAUCUACAACACAACCGACGGCCUUGGGGCCUGCCUGAUCGCGGUCUGUGGGGACAACGGCACCAUCUCACGGAGGAUGGAGGAGUGCCCCGGGGUCUCCACCACAGCCCCCUUCACCUUCACCACCACUGCCCUCCCACCACCCACCACAGGCUCGGAGACCACCACCUCCACCGCCUGCAUUCGCGAAGUCUGCAGCUGGUCCCCCUGGUAUGACGGAGGCCGCCCUGAGCCGGGGAUGGCUGGCGGCGACUUUGAGACAUUUGCGAACCUCAGGCACAGGGGGUACCAGCUGUGCUGGAGCCCAGUGGACAUCGAAUGCCGUGCACAGCAACUGCCUGACAUCCCCUUAGAGGAGCUGGGCCAGAGGGUGGACUGUGACGUGGGCCGGGGACUCUCCUGCUUCAAUGCAGAACAGAGCCCCGCUCUCUGCCACAACUACGAGCUGCGUGUGCUGUGCUGCCAGCCCACACCCUGCGAACCCACCACAAGCGUCACUUCCCAGCCUAGGACGAAAACAGAGACCUCUGUGCCCACGGCCACCCAAGGGACCACCACGCCUGGGUCCCUGUCCACAUCCGUGGGGACAUCAGGAGGGCUGACAACCUGGAGAGACAGAGUGACCAACUCCCACCUGAUGUCCACGUCACCCACAACAGUGCUUCCUGCUUCCAAGACACCAAACACUGCCACCACCAGCCACAGGGUGACCCAGUGCAUAUCCCGCUGCCAGUGGACAGAGUGGCUGGACGUGGACUACCCCACAUCUGAGGACACAGGUGGGGACAUGGAGACCUACGAGAACAUGCGGGCUGCAGGGAUACCAGUGUGCGCACAGCCGCAGAUCAUCCAGUGUGAGGCCGAGAACUACCCCGGGCAGUCCCUGGAGCAGGUGGGUCAGAAGGUGCACUGUGAUGUACGUGUGGGCUUGGUGUGCCGCAACCAGGAGCAACCGGGCCUGUUCCGCAUGUGCUACAACUACAGGGUCCGUGUGCUGUGCUGCGAGGUCAGCCACUGUGGGUCCAGCAAAUCCACACCAUCCACUACCAUCCCCACGACCACCAACGUGCCCAGCACCCGGCAAAGUCGCUGGACACCCACUGCAGCCACGACAACAAAGGGGUCACAGACCACAAGCCAUGUGCUGACAACAAGCACACAGCCACGCAGCUCCCACCAGACCACGAGCCACGUGACCACAACAGGCACACAACAACCAUCCACCUUGCAGCCCAAAACAAGCCCACGGAUGCUAAAGACAUCUCUAGGCAGCAGCACUCGAGCCACCACCAGCCACAGGGUGACCCAGUGCAUACCCCGCUGCCAGUGGACAGAGUGGCUGGACGUGGACUACCCCACAUCUGAGGACACAGGUGGGGACAUGGAGACCUACGAGAACAUGCGGGCUGCAGGGAUACCAGUGUGCGCACAGCCGCAGAUCAUCCAGUGUGAGGCCGAGAACUACCCCGGGCAGUCCCUGGAGCAGGUGGGUCAGAAGGUGCACUGUGAUGUACGUGUGGGCUUGGUGUGCCGCAACCAGGAGCAACCGGGCCUGUUCCGCAUGUGCUACAACUACAGGGUCCGUGUGCUGUGCUGCGAGGUCAGCCACUGUGGGUCCAGCAAAUCCACACCAUCCACUACCAUCCCCACGACCACCAACGUGCCCAGCACCCGGCAAAAGCAGCCAUCCACAGCCCAGCCUGAGACCAGUGCAAGAACAUGCAUACCCCGCUGCCAGUGGACAGAGUGGCUGGACGUGGACUACCCCACAUCUGAGGACACAGGUGGGGACAUGGAGACCUACGAGAACAUGCGGGCUGCAGGGAUACCAGUGUGCGCACAGCCGCAGAACAUCCAGUGUGAGGCCGAGAACUACCCCGGGCAGUCCCUGGAGCAGGUGGGUCAGAAGGUGCACUGUGAUGUACGUGUGGGCUUGGUGUGCCGCAACCAGGAGCAACCGGGCCUGUUCCGCAUGUGCUACAACUACAGGGUCCGUGUGCUGUGCUGCGAGGUCAGCCACUGUGGGUCCAGCAAAUCCACACCAUCCACUACCAUCCCCACGACCACCAACGUGCCCAGCACCCGGCAAAGUCGCUGGACACCCACUGCAGCCACGACAACAAAGGGGUCACAGACCACAAGCCAUGUGCUGACAACAAGCACACAGCCACGUUCCACAUUCAGAACGUGGACAACACAGACGUCCUCCAACGUCACCAUGCCAGAUACCUCCAGUGCCUGUCAGCCUCGCUGCCAGUGGACAGAAUGGUUUGAUGUGGACUUUCCUGCCUCAGGCGUUGCAGGAGGGGAUAUGGAGACCUAUGAGAACAUCAGGGCAGCUGGUGGCAAGAUGUGCCUGGCCCCAAAACAGAUUGAGUGCCGUGCAGAGAACUACCCUGAGGUCAGCAUUGACCAGAUUGGGCAGGUGGUCACCUGCAGCCUGGAGGUGGGGCUGGUGUGCAGGAACACAGACCAGCAGGGCAGCUUUGGCAUGUGCUUCAAUUACAAUGUGCGCGUGCUCUGCUGCGAUGACUACAGCCACUGUUUCCCACCCGCAGCCUCCUCCACCACCGCGCUGCGCCCCAGCACAGGGAGUGCCACGCCGGGGACAUCAAGCACCACAAUCAAAUCAAGCGCACCUACUGCACCACUGGUGACACGCAGUACUCACACUCCAAAGACUCCUCACACGAGCACAGUUCUCAGAACUAGUGCCAUCACCUCUAUGGCCACACACUACUCACCACACUCCUCCACAGCAGAGAUGGCGCACAGCUCCACUACAGUGACCAUCCGUCCGUCCUCAGUGCAGACCACCAAGGCCACCUCGCCUACAGUCACGGGAUCCACAGAGCCCCCCUCCUCCACUGUGGACACCAUCCUGCCAUCUUCAACAUCGACCACCAAGGCCACCUCGCCUACAGUCACGGGAUCCACAGAGCCCCCCUCCUCCACUGUGGACACCAUCCUGCCAUCUUCAACAUCGACCACCAUGGCCACCUCGCCUACGGCCACAAGAUCCACAGAGCCCCCCUCCUCCACUGUGGACACCAUCCUGCCAUCUUCAACACUGACCACCAAGGCCACCUCGCCUACAGUCACGGGAUCCAUAGAGCCCCCCUCCUCCACUGUGGACACCAUCCUGCCAUCUUCAACACUGACCACCAAGGCCACCUCGCCUACAGUCACGGGAUCCACAGAGCCCCCCUCCUCCACUGUGGACACCAUCCUGCCAUCUUCAACAUUGACCACCAUGGCCGCCUCGCCUACGGCCACAAGAUCCACAGAGCCCCCCUCCUCCACUGUGGACACCAUCCUGCCAUCUUCAACAUUGACCACCAUGGCCGCCUCGCCUACGGCCACAAGAUCCACAGAGCCCCCCUCCUCCACUGCAGUAACCACUUCCCCAUCAUCAGUGCCAACCAGCACAGCCACAAGUUCUUCAGCUUUCACUGCUAGCUCCCCACAGUCUUCCUCGAGCAGCCCACUGAUCCCAACUAUGUCUCCCAUCGUGUCCUCCAGCUUACCCUUGACCUGCAUGUGCCAGGCGCAUGGACAAGUGUUCUCACCAGGGGCUGUCAUUUACAACGAGACUGAUGGAGCCGGCUGCCAUUUCUACGCCAUUUGUGGACCACACUGUGAGCUCCGCCGCUUCCAGGGCGACUGCUCCUCUCCGGCCCCACCUGUGUCCCUGCCCGCAACACCUCCAACUCCACCGCCCCCAGAGCCUCCUGGCUGUGACAAUGCCAUUCCGCCACGACAGGUGAACGAGUCCUGGACCUUGGAGAACUGCACGGUGGCCAGGUGUGAGGGCAACAAUCGUGUUGUCCUUCUGGCACAGAAGCCUGUUGCCAACAUCACCUGUGCCAACGGGCAGCUACCUGUCACAGUGUCGGACCCCAGCGAGCCCUGCAAGUUUCACUAUGAGUGUGAAUGCUCCUGCAGCGCCUGGGGAAAUUCCCACUUCUUGACUUUCGAUGGCACUGCCUACUCCUUCUCCGGCAACUGUACCUACGUGUUGAUGAAGGAGAUCCACCCUGGCCCCGGGGACCUGAGCCUGUACCUCAACAACCACUACUGCGGGGCGACCAUGGCCCCCCGCUGUGCCCGUGCCCUCCUGCUCCACUACAAAGCCAUGGACAUUGUCCUCACCACCACGACCUCCCCCAGUGGCAAGGAGAGGAGCCUGAUUCUUGUUGACGACCAGCGGGUGAGCAGCAGUUUCGUCAAGGACGGUGUGAGUGUGAGUGUGGCGGCGGCCACAACUAUGCGUGUCGACAUCCCUGCGCUUGGCGUGAUCGUCACCUUCGACGGGCAGCUCUUCCAGGCCCAGCUGCCCUUCAGUCGCUUCAGCCACAACACAGAGGGCCUGUGCGGCACCUGCACCAACAACCAGAAAGAUGACUGCCGCCAGCCAGAUGGUACCACGGCAUCCUCCUGCCAGCAUAUGGCCAAGAACUGGCAGGUCAAUGACAACAGCACCGAGGGUUGCUCUGCCCCGACCAGCGCACCUCCGACCAGCCCAGUCCCAAGCACCAGCCCACAGAGCUCAGUGGCCAGCACACCCGCCUCCACCCCAUGCCCCCCAUCUCCACUCUGCGAGCUACUGCUGGGCUCGGUCUUUGCGGAGUGCCACGCCUUCAUCCCGCCCAGGCCCUUCUUCAUAGCUUGUGUGAGUGAUAGCUGCCUGCCCGGCAGCCACCAUGGCCUGGCUUGCCAGAGCCUGGAGGCCUACGCGGGGCUGUGUCGUGGCCGGGGCAUUUGCAGUGACUGGCGCAACUCCACCAGCGGGCUGUGUGAUCUGCCCUGCCCGCACUCCAAGGUGUACCGGCCCUGUGGCCCUGUGCAGCCUGUGUCCUGUGACUCCAGGUAAAAGUCAGAGCACCGUGGACGAGGAGCUGACUGAGGCUGCUUCUGCCCUGAAGGCCAGAUCCUCUUCAACACGCACACGGGCGUGUGUGUGCCCCAAUGCCCUUGCGUGGGGCCAGACGGGUUUCCCAAAUUCCCGGGAGAGCAGUGGAUUAGCGGCUGCCAGAGCUGUGUAUGCGAUGCCAGCUCCGUGUCGGUGCGCUGCCAGCCAGUGCAGUGUGAGGCCCAGGACGGAGCCGGGCAGUGCAGCGGGGCUGGUUUCGUGCCGGUCACUAGGCCCCGGGAGGACAACCCCUGCUGCCUGGAGCAGCUCUGCGUCUGCAACACGACCACCUGCCCCCAGAGCCAGCCUGAGUGUGGGCCAGCCCAGGAGCUGAUGCGCACCCAGGAGGACACUGACUGCUGCCCCACCUUCAGCUGUCGACCUAAGCUGUGCAGCUACAAUGGAACCGUCUAUGGGGUUGGGGCGACCUUCCCAGGGGUCAUUCCCUGCCACACCUGCACCUGCGUCACGGAGGACACCCAGGACCCCACUGUGCGGUGUGAGGAGGAUUCCUGCAGCACCUCCUGCCCCCAGGGCUUUGAAUACUCCAGGGUGUCCGGGCAGUGCUGCGGGGAGUGCGUGCAGACAGCCUGCCUCACGCCUGAGGGCAGGCUCGUCCAGCCCAACGAAACCUGGACCAAUGGCCGUGUGGAUAACUGUACCCAGUACCGCUGUGAGGCUGGGCACGGGCCCCCCGUGCUGACCCCACAACCUGUAGCCUGCCCUGACGUGUCCAGCUGCAGGGGCACCCUUAGGAAAACCGGCUGCUGCUACUCCUGUGAGGAGGGGGACGCCUGCCUCGUCCGUGCCAACACCACCAUUCUGCAGCAUGGGGACUGUGUAGCCGAGGCGCCCGUCAGCAUCACCUUCUGUGAAGGCUCCUGCCCUGGAAGUGUGUCCAAGUACUCCAUGGAGGCCCAGACCAUGCAGCACUCCUGCUCCUGCUGCAAGGAGACGAGCACCCAUGAGGAGGUGGUGACCUUGCAAUGCCCAGACGGCACGACCAUCCAGCAGGUCUACACCCAGGUGGACGAGUGUGCCUGCUCCCUGUCCUGCCUGCCACCGCCCACAGCACCCACCCUCAGCUAG